UGACAGAAUAAUUAUCGAUGCAUCACCAGAGUCUAGUUUGUAAUCAAGCAUCAGUUAAGUUAAUUUCGUGGGUUUCAAUUUUCGAAGAAAGGAACGAAGAUGGCAGACAAUUCACAGAACCUGAGUUUCCAAGCUGGGGAGACAAAGGGCCAAGCUCAGGAGAAAGCCAGCAGCAUGAUGGACAAGGCCACCGACGCUGCUCAAUCUACCAAAGAGUCAAUCCAAGAGACUGGCAGUCAGAUGAAAGCCAAGGCACAAGGAGCCGCUGGUUCUGUGAAGGAUGCAACUGGCAUGAACAAAUGAAGCUGGAUGGAUCCAUCCCUAUCCUGAACGUAGGAGUUCGAUCCUGUUUCUAGUUUGUUGGUUCAUGUUAGGGCAUUAGGUGCUCGUGUCUUAAGGUCUUUGUGGUAGUUGUUUUUCAUUCAACAAAGAGAGCUCCUAUGAUCGAGUUCUCACCUUGUUUUUUUUUUUUUUUUUUUUUUUUUUUUUUUAAAUUUCAAAUGCUCCUUUUACUUUUAUUAGGAGCUUGUUAAUGGUUUUUCCUCUGUAGUAUGAAGAGAGCUCUGCAAUAAUGCUCUCUCAUCUGCGUUUAUAAAACUUCGAGUCAUUGAUUUUAAGACAA